CCUCUCGCGCCCAUCAUCGUGAACAGCGUGGCUCAUCAACGGCCCUGCGGCAGCUCGACAAGGCGCCAUGGAGAGCAUCGCCAGAAUGGAUUUCCAUCGCAGCUACGAUGGCCUGCGUCAGAUACGCGACCUCGCACUUCAGCUCACCAAGGAUCUACCCGGCCGAGCGCAUGCAUCCGCGCUCGCGAAGAUCAAGUCUCUCUUCGGCGUUGCGUUUCGGCUCUUCUUGAUCGAUGCGCGAGUCUCGUCACUGUCCCGCACCACGGAUAGGACGAGGACCUAUGACCUCGUUCUCGGCGGGUUUUUUGCAUUCGGGGCUCUAUGGAAUGCCACUAAGCUUCCGCGGAACGCAGCUCUCGCGCCCCUUCUCCGCGAUCUCCCCUCGUCGCUUGUAAAAUGGGCAGCCAUCGUUCAUCCUGUGCGCGCGCCACCUCCAGACGACGAGGAAAAGCGUAUCGUACUGGCGCUCACGGAGUUCUACAUCGUCAUUCUUCAGUCAGACACGCACUAUGCGAAAUCAUUCCUCCACGCGAACCCGGAUAUGGCACCCCAGAUUGUCGAGCUCUGGAUUCGCUUCCCCCAUUCCUACCGGCUGGCUGCGCCACACACCGACUCCGACGUCGACAUCGCAAGCGUCGUGUUCGGGAUCGUGACAGCGAUGUGCCGACUCUACGUUUUGCUCGCGCGACCAGGAAGUAACCCAUCCGAAGAUGAUCGUGCUCUAUUCAUGAACGCUUUGCGUGCUGCUCGCGUCACCAAGCGAGCGCUUUUCGAUGUCAUUGGACCGCAGACGCACUAUCUCGCCAGGUCCGUACCCGACCACAUGCUCAUGCGCGGAGUUUGGCUUCACUACAUCGACAUCGUCUCCGGCUUGGUGCAGCUCCCCGAAUUCCAGCCGUCGAAGAUUCCUCGAGAUAUCAUCCCGUUCGUCAUCAUGGCGGCGGGGGUGCGCCUCGAGAAGAAAGAUUAUAUGUCCACGGCGGAGCUGCUGGUCUUCACGGAUAUUAUCUGCGGCCUUGCUCCCACGAAUCGCCCUCUCGUUCAGGCCAUCAAGUCUGGCGUCUUCGUCGCUCUGUACACUUUGGACCGGGCUCCCGAAGACUUCAGAAUCGAUGUCUCGCCGCUCGUUCGACGCCUCAGUGCGGGGCUAGUACAUGGGAAGGUCCUACGCGCUCUUCGACAUACCUAUGCUCCGGGUAAAGACAUGAAGGACCACUCUGCGGAAGAGAAGCCGACAUGGCGCAGCCUCAUGCGCACAUACGAGAAUUUCGGUCAAAUACACUUCAAUUACUGCACUGAGGGGCUAUGGCGACGCUCUAUUCCUUGUCAGAACUCCACGGGUCAUCAUAACGAGGUAGUGCGAUUUUGCCCAUGCGGCGACGUACUCUACUGCUCCGGGAGCUGCCAGAGGAUGCACUGGGAUCAGUCUCAUGGAUACAAUUGCCAUGUUGACAACGGUCCAUGGGAUCUCAAGGAUUUUAGGUGCAAUAUCACUCUCAGAUGUCGUACUGCUCUGCUGCAUUUCAAAGCGUUACGUCGAGCAGAUGAGGACCGAGAUAGGCGAGCAAAUAACAACGAAAAUCCAGGAAAAGGAGGAGGGCUCGCGUUUUGCUCGAGUAACUAUCGUCUGCAAUUUCGCCAACGUCCUUCCUUCCCCACGCAUUGAGUGUCACUACGAUAUAACCGCAGACCAGCACGCGCAGAUUAGCUCCGAGACGCAGCGUCGUAUCUUUGUUGAAGGGUCCUUGUUAU